CACAGCCGAAGCACUUCAGAUCAACGGGAGCCUGAGAUCACCAGGACCGGCGGAAUAUCCUCACCACUGCUGUGUUAAAGACGCCUCUGGUUGGAAUUAGAUGUUUGAGACACUCAGGUCCUCUCAUACAUCUUGAUUUCUCUAAAGAGGCAGAUUUCACCGGGUGAUUUUUUAUUUUUUUAAUAGACGGGUAUUUAAGUUGAGUGAGAAAAAAUCACUGUCGUGUAGUUGAAACAAAUACCACUAGCUGUAGAAGCCAUACUGUAGACACAGUGGGAUAACUGUGUGGACUCCUCGCGGCGGCUGCGGUGCGCAGGGCGAUCAGACGCGCCAGCGGUGCUCCAGGAUUCCUCUGAGCCGGACGCAGUGGACGAGUCGUCGCAUUACUCUGGUUAAUUACUCACGCUUCCUUGUUCCGCCGCGUACCGCUGCUGUCAACAAGCCGGUGUGAACAUGCUACAAAAUGGAAACGAAAAGGAGGAACCGCUGCGAGCGCCAAAGGCUGAGCCAGAGCCGGACUCCCCGACUGAUGACCAGAAACGGCAGCCCGCUGACCCCACUGCUGACGGCGAGUCCACACACUUCCCGCUGCCCGUCUAUCCCAAACUGGAGAUAAAGCGCAACGCGGUGACGGACGAUUAUAAGAUCUCCAGUCAGGUUCUGGGCUUAGGCAUCAAUGGCAAAGUCAUGCAGUGCUUCAACAAGAAGACUGGAGAGAAGUGCGCACUGAAGAUUCUCUACGACAGCCCCAAAGCGAGACGAGAGGUGGAGCUCCACUGGCGAGUAUCAGGGGGACCGUAUAUUGUUCGCAUCCUCAGCCUAUACGAGAACAUGCAUCACGGGAAGAAGUGCCUGCUCAUCAUCAUGGAGUGCAUGGAGGGUGGAGAGCUGUUCAGUCGAAUCCAGGCUCGAGGAGACCAGGCCUUCACUGAGAAAGAGGCUUCUGAGAUCAUGAGGGACAUCGGCACGGCCAUUGACUAUCUCCACAACGUUAACAUCGCGCACAGAGAUAUCAAGCCAGAGAACCUGCUGUACACCUCUAAAGAAAGAAAUGGGGUCCUCAAAUUGACAGACUUUGGCUUUGCUAAGGAGACCACGCUACACAACUCUCUACAGACCCCCUGUUACACACCGUACUAUGUGGCUCCUGAGGUUUUGGGCCCAGAGAAAUAUGACAAGUCAUGUGACAUGUGGUCUCUGGGCGUCAUCAUGUACAUCUUGUUGUGUGGCUUCCCUCCAUUUUACUCCAACACGGGUCAGGCCAUUUCUCCGGGGAUGAAGAGGAGGAUCAGGAUGGGCCAGUAUGAAUUCCCUAACCCAGAGUGGGCUGAGGUGUCACAGGAAGCAAAAGAUUUGAUUCAUCAGCUCCUGAAGACAGACCCUAACGAGAGAAUGACAAUCACUCAAUUUAUGAACCACCCCUGGAUCAACCAGUCCAUGGUGGUUCCCUCCACUCCGCUCCACACCACCAGGGUUCUUACUGAAGACAGAGAGAUGUGGGAGGAUGUGAAGGAGGAGAUGACCAGCGCUUUAGCGACCAUGCGUGUGGACUACGACCAGGUGAAGAUCAAAGAUCUUGACACCUCCAGCAACCCGCUACUCAACAAGAGACGCAAGAAGGCCGCUGCAGGGGCCAAGAGUGGGUCCACGGUCUGCCAAAGUCAGUGAGACACAGAGGACUGUCGCUGUAAAUCCAGGCAGAACUGCCAAUGAUGAAGAAAAGCAGCUCAGAAGAGAAAGGAAAAGUUGAUUUGUGUGGGAGAGGCUCAUUUAGAGAGCUGCCUGGGACUCCUGAGAGACUGGAUGUUGAGAAAUGCUCUCUGAAAUAAAGGGACAACAAAGGCAAAGUCAGAGCUGGAGAUUUAUAAGACAUAUCAAGACAUGAUAUCACCUGUUUGUCCUGUCAGUGGUAGACAUCAACAGCUCUGCUCACUGUGGGCCUCGUCUGUUUUUAAUUCUUUCUAUGUAUGUAUGUACGGAAUUUUUAGAUUUUGCCUGUUUGUAAAAGUGUCUGUGUGCAGACAUGAAGUAUUUGUAGUGAUCAUGUUCAUGUUUUGUGUAUUUGAAUGCUUGGUUACCUAUUUGAGGUCUCCUUUGUAACUAUGCACUAGUGUGCAGAUCACACAUACAGACAAACCAACUGUGGAUGGACUGUGAAACGAGAACACUCACAAUUACCUGCGUUGUCUUAAUUUUGUCUGUCUUUUGCUUUGAUGAAUUAAAGCAAAGUCUGAGUGUCAAUGAAAUGAAGCCUCCAGAAUGACUUACACUUUAAUCCAAGCGAGUAUUUUUUGUUGAAACAACAAUAAAACGGAGCACAACUCAGCAGUACAUUUAACUCAGUGUCACUGUUGCUGAUCAACAGUGUCCUCUUGAUGGAGCUAUGAGAGCCAGCGCUCUACUUCCUGCUGUCAGUGUGAGGCCAGAGAGCGUUAUGUAAGCGGUAGUGGGGUAAUGGUUGUGCUACAUGGAUGAGUUGUGACACUUUUCUUGACAAAGGUCCUGUGUGUGUGUGUCUCUGUGCAUAUAUGUGUUUAUGGGGGUUGAGUGAAAUACUUCCUGUAAAUAGGGGCUGCAAUUUGACUUGAUGAAAACAUGAGCAAAACAGUGCAGCCUUUAAUUAUGGAAACCUCCUGUACAUGUAGAGAUUGUAUUUGUCCAUACGGUUGUAAAUAAAACGUUUUAAAGUAAAGCAGGGGUGUUCAUGU